UGAACUUCCCCAGGAAACCUGUGCCUCAUCCUACUGGAAACACAGAACCAAGUUUCGUUAAAGUGACCCCAAAAUCAGAAUCAAGCUCUUUGAAUGUGAUAGUGACCCCUGACCCAACUCCUUUGGUGUCAGAAAAUAUCAAGGAGAAACCAUGUACUGCAUCUCUGGGUAAAACAAUGCCACCUCUACCAGAAGAACCUGUCUCGGAAGACCAUGGUGGAGAAGAAACCGUCGUCACGUCCCAAGAAGCUCCAGCUGUAAAAUCUGAUAAGACUGUGUCAAGCAUUGCAGAUAAAUCUCACAGAAAAGGAUGGCCUGACUUGGAAGAUAAAAUAGCUUUAGAUGCACAGUCGUCUUUGCUGUUACAAAAAGAGAAAGAUACACCUUCUGAAGUUAAGAAAGAAGGGGCAACAGAUGAAGAUGCUGAACCAACCUCCAAGCUGAAGAAAGGCAUCGCCGAACAAGAGAGCUCCACGCAAGAAGCUGAUAAAUGUGUAGUAAAGGAUGUUAGUGAGCGAAGAUCUGUGUCCAUGCUUGACAGCUCGAUGUCUAAAGAGACAGAAACUACUAAGAUCUCAGCGGCUGGCCAAUUUCCAUCUGAUCAUCGUUCCACAACUUGCUCUGCAUCUUCCGCUUGCUCAGCAGCCUCGGCAUCAUCAUCUGCAUCUGCGUCUUCCGGAACUUCUGCAACCUCCACCUCCAGUAAUUCCAGCUCAGGGUCCUCUGAAUCCAGUAUCGGAAAGUCAUUCUUCAAUACCUCUCAUCUCGGAUCCUCAACACCGAAGAGGACGAAAUCGCCCAAAAACUGCACCCCUGUGGAGAAUCUGUACGACUCUUGGUCCCUCAGUUUAGAGAACAAAGGCGUUUCCCCAUUGACAGAUAGGAGAAAAGGUCAGAAAAACUCGGUCGUAAGUAACAAAAGCUCCGGUUACUAUGCAGAAAUUUCAGAAUUCAUUUCUACCGAUAAUCUCGGUAACUCUUCUAUCCGCCUUGGUGAGAGUCAAAGUAUGGUUGUUGUGCCACCGCCACUGCAGUUCUGUGGUUCCAUACGUAACAAAGCAAGAGAGCCAGUGGUUUAUGUUAACCUUCCCACGCAGAAUGGGCUUGGCCGAAAAUCCAAGCGUAAUCACACCGUAGAGAGGGAGUAUGUUGAUCCAAACGAGGAGAUUACGGACACCCCUGCUGCCAGCCUCCUGGACAGUUCUAAAUAUAAGGGAUCCACAACCAGCCUGAAUAAGACCUCCUGUAAUGAGUAUGAAACCCCGAUUAGUAUUGGAACAACAGCGACCCAGACGGAGUUUAAACUAUGCACUGGAUUGUGUGAAUGCGCAGAUCUUGUGUGUGAGCCAGCUCAGGUUGAGGGAAUGGUGACGGAGAUCAAGCAGGAGAGGAACAUGAGGUUGGUCUCGGAGCAGCUGGUGAAGAUGGUUGAGAUUGAGGUGAAGGAACUGAAAGAGGAUCUUCUGGAGAAAAAGAAGGAGCUUUCAUUGGCCAGGGAUGAAAAAUGCAGUGCACAGGGUGAGCUCAGAGAGGCAACCAAAAUUGCCGCUCAGUACAGAGUACAAGUAGCAGAGUUAGAGAAGAGCCUAGCUAAGGCCAGAAAGGAGAUAGCCAACCUUGAGAAAGGGCGAACAGGUGAAAGUGGGGAGACGUGCUCAUCCGUCAGCCCAAAGGAGCAAGAGGGUGAUCUUGAUCGGAAGAUUGCCGAGGCUAAAGACACUGAAGCCAAAGCUAGAUUGGAAGUUGUCCAGACAGAGCUGCUUACAUCCAAAGAUGAAGUCAACCAACUGCUGUCUCGCUUGGCCCAAGCAAGUCGAGAAAAGGCAGAGAUGGUGUCUGGUACAAUUCACAGGGAGUUAGUCCGAAUGGCCGAGGACCGAGCUAAUAAUGCCGAGGCAAGAGCCCUUGCUCUUGAACAUGAGCUAAGACGCUUGCUGGAGUCAAAAGAUCGCAAUGUGAACACCUUCCCAAGAUCCUCCUCACCGAAGCCACCACAAAUCCCACCCCGCAUGAAUGACAUCAUCAUAAAGCCAAUGACGUCAGUCGGGAUUCGAACCUCACCCAAACACUUCCAGAAGCACAAUUCGACCGCCUCUGCCAUACCCAGCACGUACAGCAGUGGUAAUCUCGGAGGCAAGACUGCCGAAGCAGCGGUGGUGAGGAGUACGGCAGGCAGGACGGGAAACAAACGAGCAAAGGCACACAAUAGGUCGUGGUCGCCGAGUCGCCUGCGGAAGGUAGAGGCAAGCAAAGCCAACAAGGAGGUUAAGAAUGAGGAGGAAAAGGAAGUAAAAAAUUCAGGAAAGGUGUCCUUCCUCCAGAGGGUUCAAUCGAGGGUCUCCAGUGCCCAGACGAAGACAGAGGUUCAAAAGUCACUCUUCAACCGCAUGCAGUCAAGAUUCUUUGCAAAGACACCGAAAACUGUCGCGACGGCGGCGCCGCCAUCAAACUGCGAGCUACCGGAUGUGUCCAGUCUAGUGGAAGGCUCAACUAAGUCAGAGUACGAGAUCCCGAUGGAGCCGGUCCAGAGAUUCACUCGGACGCCAUUGAUUCGAGUGGAAAAGGGAGUGGUUAAUGGGGGUGGGCACAUAGUGAUAUAG